UGCGCCCGAGGAUCCGGUGGGACCGCUUGGGCUGGCUCAGGAUGAGGACGCGCUGGGCGACCCCUCGCCGCGCGGCGGGGCUCCUCGUGCUACUCCUCUGGUGCUGCGGACUGGUGGAGCCCUUUGGCGGCGCAGGUAAUGAUCCAUUCACCAUCGUCAGUGAAAACACAGGCAAGUGCAUCAAGCCACUGAACGACUGGGUAGUAGCAAAGGACUGUGACAAAAACAGGGACAUGUUAUGGAAGUGGGUGUCCCAACACCGGCUCUUUCAUUUGCAAUCCCAGAAGUGCCUUGGCCUAAAUAUUACCAAACCUACGGAUUCCUUGAGAAUGUUCAGCUGUGACUCCAGUGCCAUGCUGUGGUGGAAAUGUGAGCACCACUCUCUGUAUGGAGCUGCCCAGUACAAAUUGGCUCUGAAGAGUGGACACGCCGUAGCAAGUACAAACUCAUCUGAUAUCUGGAAGAAAGGAGGCUCAGGGGAAAGCCUCUGUGACCAGCCUUACCAUGAGAUAUAUACCAGAGAUGGGAACUCCUAUGGGAGACCAUGUGAAUUUCCAUUCUUAGUUAAUGGGACCUGGCAUCAUGAGUGCGUUCUUGAUGAAAAUCAUGGUGGGCCAUGGUGUGCAACCACCUUAAACUAUGAGUAUGACCAAAAGUGGGGCAUCUGCUUAAAACCAGAAAAUGACUGUGAAGAUAACUGGGAGAAGAAUGAGCAGACUGGAAGUUGCUACCAAUUUAAUACUCAAGCAGCUCUUUCUUGGAAAGAAGCGUAUGUUUCAUGUCACAAUCAAGGAGCUAACUUACUGAGCAUCAGCAAUGCUGCUGAAUUAACUUAUCUUAAAGAAAAAGAAGACAUUGCAGGAAUUUUCUGGAUUGGCUUAAAUCAGCUGUACUCUGCUAGAGGCUGGGAAUGGUCAGACCACAAGCCAUUGAACUUUCUCAACUGGGACCCAGAAAUGCCUAGUGCACCUACAAUAGGUGGGUCAAGCUGUGCAACAAUGGAUGCCACAUCUGGUCUGUGGCAUAUUUUUUCCUGUGAAGCUCAACUGCCUUACGUCUGCAAGAAACCAUUAAAUAACACAGAGGAGUUAACAGAUGUUUGGACAUAUUCAGAUACCCGCUGUGAUGCAGACUGGCUGCCAAAUAACGGAUUUUGCUAUCUGCUGGUAAAUGAAAGUAAUUCCUGGGAUGAGGCACAUAUGAAAUGCAAAGACUUCGGCAGUGACCUCAUCAGCAUUCAUUCUUUAGCGGAUGUGGAGGUGGUUGUCACAAAACUCCAUAAUGGGGAUGCCAAAGAAGAAACAUGGACAGGCCUUAAGAACGUAAAAAUACCAACUUUAUUUCAGUGGUCAGAUGGUACUGAAGUUACUCUAACAUAUUGGGAUGAGAAUGAGCCAAAUGUUCCCUUCAAUAAGACUCCCAACUGUGUUUCCUAUUUAGGAAAGCUAGGUCAGUGGAAAGUCCAGUCAUGUGAAGAGAAACUUAAAUAUGUAUGUAAGAAAAACGGAGAAAAAAUGAAUGAUUCAAUGUCUGAUAAGAUGUGUCCUCCAGAUGAGGGCUGGAAGAGACAUGGAGAAACUUGUUACAAGAUUUACAAGGAUGAGGUCCCUUUUGGAACCAACUGCAAUCUGACUGUAACUAGCAGAUUUGAGCAAGAAUACCUGAAUGAUAUGAUUAAAAAGUAUACUAAAUCUCCAGGAAAAUACUUCUGGACUGGCCUGAGAGAUCUAGAUUCACGUGGAGAGUACGGCUGGGCAAGUGUUAGUGGAGUAAAGAGGGCUGUAACCUUUUCCAACUGGAACUUUUUUGAGCCAGCUUCUCCAGGUGGGUGCGUGGCUAUGUCUACUGGAAAGUUUCUUGGAAAGUGGGAGGUAAAAGACUGCAGAAGCUUCAGAGCACUUUCAAUUUGCAAGAAAAGAAGUGGGCCCGCUGAGCCUGAAGAAGCAGCCCCCAAGCCUAGUGACCCCUGUCCGGAAGGCUGGCAAAGUUUCCCCUCAGGUCUUUCUUGUUAUAAGCUAUUUCAUAUAGAAAGAAUUGUAAGAAAGAGGAACUGGGAAGAAGCUGAGAGAUUCUGCCAAGCACUUGGAGGACACCUUCCUAGCUUCAGUCAUGUGGAUGAAAUAAAGGAAUUUCUUCACCUUUUAAUGGACCAGUUCAGUGGCGAGCGUUGGCUGUGGAUAGGUUUGAAUAAAAGGAGCCCUGAUUUACAAGGAUCCUGGCAAUGGAGUGAUCAGACACCAGUAUCUACUAUGAUCAUGGAAAAUGAGUUUCAGCAGGAUUAUGAUAUCAGAGACUGUGCUGCUGUCAAGGUGGUUCAUAGGCCAUGGCGAAGAAGCUGGUAUUUCUAUGAUGACAGAGAAUUUAUGUAUUUAAGGCCUUUUGCUUGUGAUACAAAACUUGAAUGGCUGUGCCAGAUUCCAAAAGGCCGUACUCCAAAAACACCAGACUGGUACAAUCCAGACCGUGCUGGAAUUCAUGGACCUCCAGUUAUAGUAGAAGGGAGUGAAUAUUGGUUUGUUGCUGAUCCUCACUUAAACUAUGAAGAAGCCGUCCUGUAUUGUGCUAGCAAUCACAGCUCUCUGGCUAGUAUAACAUCUUUUGCAGGACUAAAAGCCGUCAAAAACAAAAUAGCAAAUAUAUCUGAUGAUGAACAGAAGUGGUGGGUGAGAACUACCGAGCAGGCCCUAGAUCGCCGUUUUUUAUUCUCACGACGUCCAUGGCGUCACUUCCCUAUAACAUUUGGAGAGGAAUGCUUUUACUUGUCUGCCAGGACCUGGUUUCACGACUUCAAUAAACCAGCAGACUGUAGUAUCAAGUUGCCCUUCAUCUGUGAAAAAUAUAAUGUAUCUUCAUUAGAGAAAUAUAGUCCAGAUUCUGCAGCUAAAAUACAAUGCUCUGAGGAUUGGAUUCCUUUUCAGAAUAAGUGUUUUCUAAAGCUCAAAAAACCCAAGUCUCUCCCAUUUUCUCAAGCGAGCGAUGUCUGUCACUCCUAUGGUGGCACCCUUCCUUCAGUGUUGAGCCAGAGAGAACAAGAUUUUAUUACAUCCUUGCUUCCGGGUAUGGAAGAUACUUUAUGGAUUGGUUUGCGCUGGACUGCCCAUGAAAGGAAGAGCAAAUGGACGGACAACAGAGAACUGACAUACGGUAACUUUCACCCAUUACUGGUUGGUCGGAGGCUGAGAAUACCAACAAAUAUGUUUGAGGAAGACUUUCACUACUACUGUGCUCUAAUGCUCAACUUCCAAAAGUCACCUUAUACUGGGACGUGGAAUUUUACAUCCUGCAGUGAAAGCCACACUCUGUCUCUCUGUCAGAAAUAUCCAGAAAUUGAAGGCAGACAGACCUUGCAGAAUACUUCAGAAACUGUAAAGUAUCUAAAUAAUCUGUACAAAAUAGUCCUCAAGACUAUGACCUGGUACGAUGCUCUAAGGGAGUGUCAGAAAGAUAACAUGCACCUGGUGAGCAUCACACACCCUUACCAGCAGGCGUUCCUAACCGUGCAGGCGGUCCUUCAUAACUCUUCUUUGUGGAUUGGACUCUCCAGCCAAGACGAUGAACUCAACUUUGGGUGGUCAGACGGGAAACAGGUUCAAUUUAGUCGCUGGGCUGAAAAUAAUGUGCAACUUGAAGACUGUGUAAUAUUAGAUACUGAUGGAUUCUGGAAAACAUCUGAUUGCGGUGAUAAUCAACCGGGUGCUAUUUGCUACUAUCCAGGAAAUGAGACUGAAGAAGAGGUCCAACCAGUUAACAGUGUUCAAUGUCCAUCUCCUGUUCUAAACACUCCAUGGAUACCAUUUCAGAACUGUUGCUACAAUUUCAUGAUAACAAAGGAUAGAUAUACGGCAACAACACAAGACGAAUCUCAUUCUAAAUGCCAGAAACUGAAUCCAAAAUCACAUAUUCUGAGUAUUCGAGAUGAAAAAGAGAAUAACUUUGUUCUUGAGCAACUUCUGCACUUCAAGGAUAUGGCUUCAUGGGUCAUGUUAGGUAUAACUUAUGAAAAUGAUUCUCUUAUGUGGUCUGAUAAGACCAUGCUGUCAUAUACACACUGGAGAGGAGGAAGACCAGCUAUAAAAGAUGGCAAGUUUUUUGCUGGCUUGAGUACUGAUGGCUUCUGGGAUAUUCAAACCUUUAAUGUUAUUGAAGAAAUACUUUACUUUCACCAGCACAGCAUUCUUGCUUGUAAAAUUGAAAUGGUUGACUACAAGGAAGAAUAUAAUACUACUCUGCCACAGUUUAUUCCAUAUGAAGAUGGUAUUUAUAAUGUGAUUCAAAGAAAGGUAACAUGGUAUGAAGCAUUAAACAUGUGUUCUCAAAGUGGAGGUCAUUUGGCAAGUGUUCAUAACCAAAAUGGCCAGCUCUUUCUGGAAGAUAUCGUAAAGCGUGACGGAUUUCCACUAUGGGUUGGGCUCUCAAGUCAUGACGGAAGUGAAUCAAGUUUUGAAUGGUCUGAUGGCAGUGCAUUUGACUACACCCCAUGGAAAGAUAAAAAAUCUGCUGGAAAUUGUGUUAUCUUGGAUCCAAACGGAAUUUGGAAACAUGAAAAAUGCAACUCUGUUAAGGAUGGUGCUAUUUGUUAUAAACCUACAAAACCUCAAGAGAUGUCCUCUCAUACACACUCAUCAAGAUGUCCAGCAGUGAAAGGGAAUGAGUCACAGUGGAUCCAGUACAAGGACCACUGUUACAUGUCUGACCAGGCAUUACAUAGUUUCUCAGAAGCCAAAGAGUUUUGUUCAAAACUUGAUCAUUCUGCAACUAUUGUUACCAUAGAAGACGAAGAUGAGAAUAAAUUCGUGAGCAGACUGAUGAGGGAAAAUAAUAAUAUUACCAUGAGAGUUUGGCUUGGAUUAGCUCAACAAUCUGCUGAUCAGUCUUGGAAUUGGUUAGAUGGAUCAAAAGUGACAUUUGUGAAAUGGGCAAAUAGAAAUAAGAGUGGUGGUGGAAAAUGUAGCAUCUUGUUAGCUUCAAAUGAAACUUGGAUGAAAGUUGAAUGUUCGAAUGGCUACGGAAGAGUUGUCUGCAGAGUUCCUCUGGGCCCUGAUUACAGAGGAGUCGCUAUCGCAUUUGCUGUGCUAAGCGUCUUGGCUCUCAUCAGCGGACUGAUCUGGUUCCUCCUGCAGAGGAACCGUUUGCGCUGGGCGGGCUUCUCUUCAGUUCGAUAUGAACACGGAGUGAAUGAAGAUGAGAUUUUGUUUCCUACUUUCCAUGACUAAAUUCUUCUGAAAGUUUGCUAAUUUGCACUAAUGUUUUAUGAAAAAUGAGCCAUUUAAAAUUUUGCCGGUAUCAGUAUUUACUCUGUUCCAAAGUAGAAGUCUUAGGGAUGUGUUCAGUUGUUCAUUGCUGUUCUGGUAUCCACAGUUAAUUACCCUCGAAAUGCCAUGUGUGUCACUCAAUAGAACGGGAGAAACCAAAGCUGGAACAAAAGUGCAAUUGUUUGCACAGUAGUAAGUUCAACCUGCAUUUUCUCUGUAAGAAUGUGGUUGGUAACUAGGAUAUGUAUAUUUUAAUGGCAUUUUAACACAACUUCUUAGAAAAUUAAAAUUGGCAUAUUACUAGGUCACACAUCUACCUUUUAAUUUUUAAAAACAUCUAGCCAAAUGCAAAAUGAGUACCUCAAGGUAAAAACGUAACUGUAAAUAACAUUGUUUUAAAAUAGUCAUUUGUAGCAUUGUGGGUUAAUUAUUAAACCAUGAGACAUGCUUAUUUUUUACAUAACAAAAUGAUGCCUCUUGGCGAGAUGCUUCUUAUAUUAUUCCAAAGAUAUUUCAUACCAAAAUUAUUUAAAUGCAAAUGUUUUGUUCAGUUAUUCAUAAAACAAUGGCUUUUAAAGAAAAUUUGGUACUUAACAUUUUCUAAAGUUUGGGAACAUUAUUUUUAGAUUGAGUAGAUACCCUGUAGCAGUGUGUUUUUUAUCUUAUGUACAACAUAUGACUGUUUCCAAGGAAUCAGCUAAGGAUAAGAGUUUUUGAAAAUUUUACCAUUUAUAUACUUUACAUGGCACGUCAACUUUUGACUAAGAAAUUUUUAUCACUUUGUUGCUUUUUUACACAAGCUAAAGAGAGAAAGGAUCUGUGUAGGAAAAUUGUAUAUCUUGCAUUUGUAAAAAUGAAUAUUUUACAAUGAAAUUCUAAACGUUAUGAUUACUACUAAAACAUAUAAAAUUAUGAAUGAUUAAUGAAACACUGUUUUGUGGUUAUCACUUUAAAUUUUACCACCUAGAAUAUAUUCUUAAUAAUAGCUUUCACUGGACGUGGUGAAUGUUUUAUUCACUGUUUAAUUUAUAUUUGUACUUUAGAAUAUUUUUGUAUAAAAUUCAUAGACUUAUUUUAAAGUUUAGAGUGUUUAUACUGUGAUGAAGUUGUAAAUAAUUUUCUAAGAUAGUUUUAGUAUGGUCUGAAAAUAUAGUAUAGUUGUCCUGAAAUAUUUUUUAUUGACUCUGUUAGACUAGUUUUCUUGCCCUAUGAUCUGUACAAUUUUAGUCAUUAAGACUUUCUUCAAAGAAUUUAACUUGAUGUGAAAAGUACAGCUCCACACAGAUCUUCCUUGACUUAUGAUGGGGUUACAUCCCAAUAAACCCAUCAAGUCAAAAAUGCACUUAAUACACCUAACCUACCAAACAUCAUAGCUUAGCCUACCCUACCUUAAAUGUGCUCAGAACGCUUACAUUAACCUACAGUUGGGCAAAAUCAUCUAAAGCCUAUUUUAUAAUAAAGUGUUGAAUAUCUGUGUAAUUUAUCGAAUACUGUACAAACAGAAAAUGACAAACAGAAUGGUUGUAUGGGUACAGAACGGUUUUAAGUAUUGGUCAUUUACCCCAUGAUCCCGUGGCUGACUGGGAGCUGUGCUUGCUGCCACUGCCCAGCAUCAGGAGAGCAUCGUACCAUAUAUCGCUAGCCCAGGAAAAGAUCAAAGUUCAAAAUUUGAAUUACAGUUUCUACUGAAUGCAUAUCGCUUUCGCACCAUUGUAAAGUUGAAAAAUCAUAAGUCGAACCAUCAUAAAUUGGGGACCAUCUAUGUAUAGUAAUGAUGCCAUAAUAAAGUUGUUUUAAGUAUGUGUUGUUGAUCCUCGUUGAAAAAAAAAAUCUCUAGAUGGGGCUCUAUUAUGUUAGGCAUAUAAUAUGACAAGAAAUAGUGUCCAGCUAUUGUAAAGUGAGGAAUCCUUAAUAUUUUGUAUGCAUUUUUUAAAGAAUAAAUAUAAU